AUGCGCUGCAGCGUGAAGGAUCUGUGCCGGUGCCGAGGUGCGUAUCCGGUGUUUUGGUUGAUGGUUGUUGCCUCUCUCUUGUUGUGCUUGAUGUUUACCUUAAGUGUAUCAGAAGAUGGAGUUUUUGUUAACCGCGUCUCAAGCAUGAACGUCACAAAUCCAGCCGAACCAGUUCGGCAAGGCAGCACACCAAGGGUUGUCUUUCUCGUUGUCCAGACGAAAUUUUCACCUGGGUGGUGCCGAAUGCAGCUGAGCUCUAUCAUGUCCAAUGUAUCUGUGGUCACUAUUGGCGUCGGAAUGAACUACACACAUACGAAACGCCAUCAGUGGGUGCUGGAGUACAUGGAACAGGAAGGUCUUCGAGAUGACGAUGUUGUUGUGGUAUUUGAUGGUGGUGACACUGUUUUCACUGGGGCCAGUAGGGUUCAGCAGGCAGUGGAUUAUUUCAUGGCGAAAACGGCACCCACCGCCGCUAAAUUUAAUGCCACUGCUGUACAGAACGGAAAGGCAGUAGCACCACUACUCUUUGCAACGCAUCCGCUGUGUUUCACACCUCAGUUGGAACUUGUUGUCACAGAGGGACCGAGGGAUUAUAUAGAAAAAUGCCACUGGUUUUACAAGAGUAUGUUUGAUGUUGCAGAGUCUAUUCCUGGUCAACGCAUGGUGCAGACAAGAGGAACGUAUCUUUACCUCAAUGCAGGGGGUUAUGUGGGGCGUAUAUGGGCUCUGCGAACUGCUUUUGCUGCGUAUGCGGGUGUGGCAGCAAUGCACCGUAACUGGACAUGCGACCAAAGCAUCUGGGCACCUCUGCACGUCUGGAGUAUACUUCAAAAACCUGAAGUGCCAAGCCAUUUGCGUUUACCCUAUGGUAUUAUGAGUCUUGAUUACAAUAGCACUUUUUUCUUUAACCCAUACAAAGGCAGAGGAAUGCCUGUCGUUCCUGCCAUGUUUCAUUUUCCUGGAGGUACGAAAUUUUAUCGAAAUUCUCUACCCAUGUUUGUAAGAAGCACUGCAUGGUUUCACGAGUUACAGCAAGACCCACGUUUACUGGAGGAGACGAAGCGUCUUUUGCGUGAUGCAAAGCUUGUGAAGGUGCGCGGAGCCGAUGGGUUUACGUAUACACACCAUUAUGGAAGAGUGUGUUCUGUCGAAGACGCUCUGAGUGCCACAUGGCUGAUGAGUCCCUUGGAAAAGUAA